AUGACUAAAAAGAGUAAGAGUAAAGAUGGACAAAGGGCUAGGAAUUUCUCCGGAUACAUAUUAUUCACUGAAGAGUUUUAUGAGCAGAACAAGAAGAAGUUUAAGUCUUUUGAAGAGGGCACUAACUCUGUGAAAAAGGCUUGGGGGAACUUAACAGAAGAGGAGAAAGAACAAUAUGGUGAAAGGGCUAAAGAAAUGAGAGUCCCACCAAAAGGGAAGAAUUAUAUUGUUCCCUUUCACACACGCUGUGCUCCGGGACAAUUUAUGGAAGUCUGCAAGCAAUUAAAGAAAAGUAAAGAGAAGAUGGAAAGACUGAAAAGAAUAGGUUUUGAUAAAUUGGUUGACAUAUGCUGCUCACAGAUCUAUAGAGAUUUUUGUGGUGAAUUGAUCCGUGUGUUUGACCCUGUAAGUAGGCAAAUUUCAAUUCGAGGGAAGACGCAUUUAGUGGGGCCCGAAGAUGUAAAUGAAUUGAUGGGUCUACCAUUUAAGGGGGAAGAUAUUAAAAUAAAUGUGGAGAAUGAAGAUGAAACGUUCAAGAAAUUAAGGAGUGACUACGGGAAAGUGCCAUACAAAACAAUAGGAACAUGGUUGAUUGAAGGAAAAGAGGAAGAAAAGUUUGAAUUCCUUUUUGUUAUGUAUGCACUAGGAGUCCUCUUGUGUCCUGGCUCUAGUGUAUGGGUGAGUGAUAAAGUGUUGAAAGUCAUGGUGGUGACAAAGGAUAGUUUAGGACACUAUGAUUGGAGCAGCUUAGUUUUGAAAGAAUUCUGCAACUCAAUUGCAGAGUUCAAGAAAGGAAAGAAGAAAGGAAAAGCUGAUGGGACGAAAAAUGUGGGAGGUUGCAUGUACUUCCUAAUGAUUUAUUGCCUACAACACUUUCCUCUCGGAAAAGAAAAGGCGGCAAAAAAUGAAAAUGCCAUUACUUAUUGGGAUGAGGAAAAAGUGAAGGCAAGAGUGAAAUCAGAAAAGAAUAGCGACAGAGGCAUACUGCAUGGCGUUCCGAGUGUCGGUGGGGCUUCAACAAGUGCAUCCAACACAGGAAUAAAGCUAACUCACCCUGUAAGUAAAUCAUGUGAAGCUUAUUUUGGUGCUGUGUAG